GUCGAGGCCAAAAGGAAAGAAUUUAAAGCGAUCGACGAUGCAACCCUGGAACGGGAGAGGCAAUUAAAGGACGUCUUAAAAGGGAAGUGCUACGAUCUGAAAUGCCAUUUGUGCGGGUCAUUUGUGUGCAAAAGUACAGAUAUGCGAGUGGCCUGCGAGAGCCAUUACGUUUGCUGUGAUCCGAAUAUAUGGGGACGUGUGGAUUCGCGCAUUCACAAUAGCAAGUCAGUGUCAAUCGCAACAUUAGUUGGCAAGAUCCACUGCAAAGGUUCCAUGACAUCGGGGUGCAACGAAGUGCUCGGUACGGUCGUCCGAUUGUAUGGGGCAUUUUUGCCAACAAUUGCAGCGAAAUCAAUCCUGAUCGAGGGAAAAGAUAUUUAUGGUGGCCGCGCACAGCUGAAUAAGAAAUGGGAAAUUGUUGUGCGAGAACUGUUUUAUGUUGAACCGAUCACCGACAAGGAUCUCAAGCUGAUGCUGAAUUCGCUGUUCUCGUAUUCGGCGGAGCAGCACUAUCAGUUCGAGGAAGAGGCAGAGCUUGUGGUUCAGCGUGCUGCUGCCGAAAUGAAAGAGCGGAAGCAGCAUCAUCAGCAGUACUCUGAUUCCAUUAUAUCUAUGGAUGACGACGAUUGGUGA